CUUUUAAUGUUCGUUUAUUUUUCUCACAUGUUUUUAAAUUGUUUCGGUUUUUUUUUCUAUUUUUUUUUGCUGGUUGAUUGUUUUUUUCUUCUCUUGUUAAUUAUGGUUGAUUAUUCUUUAAAAGUUAUCGGUGGUCAUAAUUUUACUCAGAAAAAGUGUAUAUUCUCUUUGGAUGGAAAACUAUUAUUAGCUGUUGCCGAUAAUCUAAUUAGGAUCUAUGUUGUCUCUGAGGGUUCACCUUAUGGUACACUUACUCUUGAAAUUGAUAAUCUAAAUUCAAGAUCAUCUAUUAAACAUGAAGAGAUAACCAACAUUAUUCUUGAUCCUCUUUUACCUGAUUCAUCGGUGAUCAGUUUCUCCAAGACUGGAAAGAUAACUUUCUGGAAUUAUAUUAGUGUAACCAAGACAAGAGAAUAUAAUAUUUACACUUCUCUCUAUCCCGAUCCACCAUAUCCUCUGACUCUCCUUUAUGGAAUGAUAAUUAAACCUGAUAAUGAUAAUUGUUCACCUUCUGAUUUGACAAUUUACCAUGCGACCAUGUGUGGUGAAUCUGGUUUCAUUUAUUAUACGACAAUUGGACAGAUUGAAAAAGCCAAUGAAGAGAAUGCUAAAAAUGCGGAAUCAACUAAAUCGAUUGAUAAAUCAGCUAAAAAGAUCAAAAGUAAAGGUAACAAUCGUAAUCAAGCAACAAUGGAUAAAUUGAAAGCCUCUGCUACAAAUAUAAGAUAUGAUUCAUCUCGAGCUUUAAAUGGAAUCGCUAUUGGAGGAAGGAAUAAAUUUCUUGCCACAAUUGAUGGAAAUUUUAUCAAUAUAAUUAAUCUUCCCUAUUCACCUUCUACCGGGGGUAUUUCUCAUAAACAGACUCGUAAUUUCUUUACCUGUUUAACUGCCCAUCCGAAAGAAAUGCUUCUUGCUGCUGGAGAUUCCAUUGGUAGAGUUUACAUUUACCGGGAAGAUUUUUGUUUCUCCCGUCAGCCCAUUCGAAGUGUAACUCAUUGGCAUUCAUCUGCAGUUGCUGAUCUUUGCUUCUCACCCACUGGUUCAUACCUUUACUCUGGUGGAUUUGAAUCAGUUCUGGUUCGUUGGGAUGUUUCAUUUAGUCAUAAAAAUAAUUUCUAUCCACGCCUUGGAUCACCUAUUAAAUUUAUUGUCUGUGAUAAUUUGAAUCAGAAAAUAUUAACCUGUCACGAAGAUAAUACAUUUCACUGUGUCAGUUCAACUUUCGAUACAAAUUUACCAGCAUUAGAUGGAUUAACUCUUCUACCUCCUAGUGAUUUUCUUCGAACUCCCUCCAACAUCUCAUGGGAUCCAAAAUCGAGUAGCAUUUUGUUAAAAGGUAAAUGUGGACAUCUUCAAUUUUAUUCACCCUUCAAGGAGCAACAAUUAUACCAAUUAGAUGUUGUCAAUAUGAACUAUUUACCACCCGAAGCGGAUAAAAUAAUUGUCAAUGUUGAUGUGGUUCGUUUUUGUAUCUCAAGUAACGGUGAUUGGAUUUCGACACUUGAAUAUCGGGAAGAUGGUAUCAUGAUGCCGGAAAUGAGGCUAAAAUUCUGGCAAUUCCUGGACGAUGAUUCAGAGAGAAAGUAUAAACUAAACACUUGUAUCCAUUUACCUCAUAAAAAGCCUGUUAAUUGUAUGAAAUUUUCUCGAGAUUCCAAUUUUUUGAUAACCACAAGUAAAGACACUGAAUUUAAAGUUUGGCAUUUGAUUAAGGAAGAAGGUAAAUCCGAUAAACCUGAUAAUAAACUUUACUGGAUUUGUGGACGUGUUGGUAAUUUAAAUCGAGUUCUUGUUCCAGAGGAAAUUGCAACUUCUUCUGAUUUCUCAUUAUUGGCAAUUUCUUUCGGUUGUAAUACAACAAUUUGGGAUUCAAGUGAAUUUAAUCUAGAAUUUAAAGGAACUUUUAUCCCACCCAAAGAAUCAAAUAAUUCUGUUGAUCAAAAUUUACUUUCAAUUGACUUUGGUACCGAUAGUCAAUCUCAUCUACUUGCCGAAACCCGAUCAACAUCAAUCAGAGUUUGGGAUUUGUUAACAUUAUCAGUUGUACAACUAUGGAAACCUCCAAAAAAUGCAAACAUAAAGUUCAGUUUCUUUGACGAAUCAACAAAUCGAAUAGGUUGUUACACUCGAACUGGUUGUAUCUAUAUUCUAGAUAUGGAGAAAGAAAUUGCUCGAAUUAACUUAACCCACGAAUCAGCUGAUGUCCGUUUAAUGGUCAGCGCCAUUUUCUUUCCUCUACCAAGAGUAACGGAAGAUGAAAUUUUCUCCCAUCAAGGUCUCAUCCUAAUGGAUCAAUCACAAAAAGUUUACACUCUCGGUUUAACCAUUGACGAUAUUAAUCUUAAAAAUCCAAUCGAUGAAGAUGAAGAUGCCAAGUUAUCACCUUACGCUCGAAUGUUAAAAGCGGAAACUUUCAAUAUGAAAAAAGAUGAGAAAUUAAAACAAUUAGAGGUCAACGAUUAUCUUGGACCAUCGAUCACCAGAAAGAAAUUAAUUGAAGACGUUUUUAUUAAUGUUCCCUCACAUGUACUACCAUCAGUUGAACUAUUUUGUACUUCAUUUUUAACCUCAAUGUUACAAUUAAGUUUAUCCAAUGGUAAUAUUGACAAUGAUGAGAUCGUUGAUAAUACUAAAAAUGAGGCCACUUCGAGUGACGCUGAAAGUGACACUGAAAGCAUCGCAACGGAACGAGGGAAAGAGACACAAUCAAAGGAUAACAACAAUGAGAUGGACAUUGAUGAUGAAGAUGAUAAAGAAAAAGUUGGAUUUAUAUUCAAUGAAAAUUAUGAUUGGUUAAAAUUAUAACAAUUAACCUCCAAUGUAAACACUAAAUUAAUCAAUAAUCAAUAAUUGGGUUUACCUUUUGUUUUUGUUUUUGUAAAAUCAACAUCAUAAUUUAGAUAAUCACAAAUUAAUGAAAACUAUUUUCCCUUUCAUUUGAUAAUCAAUUAAACAAAUAUAAAUUGUUAAA